UUGUUGUAAAUGCAGUAACAAGUUCUGACAUGUUAAUGUUAAGAUGAAGACAAGUUGCUGUCUUCUCGAUUGUUUUGUUUUCAACAGUUCAACAUUUUUUAUAGAGUUUCUGGCGUGGUAAAGCUGUGGGUGCAUAUUUAAUUAUUACAGUUUACGACUAUUAUAAUUUAGUGUUAGCGGGGACCCUGAAUUAAGCAUGGACAGUCAAGAUAACUCAGUAAAGAAGCGAGCCGAUCUGAGCAGUCUGCCAACAAGACAAUACCUUGAUCAAACUGUAGUUCCAAUCCUAAUGAAUGCUUUAUCGUAUUUGGCGAAGGAAAGGCCGCCCGAACCAAUCAAUGCCUUGGCCGAAUACUUGCAAAAGAACAAAAGUGUCUAUGAGGCAGGAUGCGGUGAAAAGUCCACUGAAACCAGUAACGUGGAAGGCAAAUAGUCUUCAACUUAUUGACUGAGAGAAACGAUGUAUUCAUGAUUUCCUAUUGCACUGAUUUAUUUAAUAAUUUUGCUAGCUUUACAGCUCAUGGUAGUGUGAAUCCGAACAUUUCUCCAUUUUUUUCUAUAUCGUUAUCUACCUAUAGGGAUGAUUUAUUUGGUUUGGAUGGAACUGCUCUUUUGGAUGCAUCAGCUAAGAUUGCUAACUAAAUACUUAAUUUUUUAUAAUUUUUGACUGUAUUUACAAUCUAGGAUACGUUAUAUAUUAAAGUAAGUUAACAUUAAAGUCCUUUUAUUUAAUGUCUAAAUAAAUUGCAUAUUAAACUAGUUAUUAGCGAAACCUUACAUGACAUAAUCCAUUUAGCCAAACUGGAUUACAGUAAGUCUAAUUACUGGGAAGAAACGUUUUAUACUAGUAACAAGCUAAAUAGUAAAAUAUGAAAGUCCUUACACCCAGGCUAUACAUGCAUACUAUUUUCAUCUGACUAUGGAUCUGCUAUGGACUGCAAAAUCUCUCAAUAUAUUAACUAAUCAAAAGCCGAACUAAGGAAUGUAAGCAGCACAUCGGGCCUGAUUAUAAUAUCUAGCACACAGAUAUGACUAAAAAGUUUGAGUUCGAUUGGCACAUCCCUGUUCCAGAGCCCCUCCUGACAGGGUGUGUGUUUGAUAGGUGGACUGAAGGGGACAAUGUCGAUUUGGAGCAAAAAGCCACCUUCAAAGUGGACGAGUAUGGUUUCUUUAUUUAUUGGAAGAGCGAUGGGAGGGAAGGCGAUGUGAUUGAGCUGUGCCAAGUGAGCGAUAUAAGGGCCGGUGGGGUUCCCAAAGAUACCAAGGCGCUUAAUAAUUUGAGCAAAAAACAUGGGAAUGAUGUUGAAGAGAAGUCGUUGACGAUUUGCAGCGGUACUGAUUAUAUUAACAUUAAUUAUCAACACAUAGUGUGCCCUACACCGGACAUUGCGAAGGUAUGGCAAGAAGGAUUGAGGAAAAUAACCCACAAUAAUAAAAUUGUCAAUGUAUGUCCGAGGACUGUUUUAAUGAAGCACUGGAUGCGCUUGGGAUUUUCGGUGGACGCAAAAGGGAAAAUUCCGGUUAAGGCCAUAGCAAGAACGUUUGCAUCGGGAAGAGCCGAAAGGCUGGUUUACUCAUUCUUGGCCGAACUAGGGCUCCCUAGUGAGAAAAACGAUAGUAUUGAACUGGACCAGUUCACAUUCGAAAAGUUUUAUGCUCUAUACCAUAAGAUUUGCCCACGUAAUGAUAUCGAAGAAUUGUUUAGAUCCAUCAACCAAGGCAAAGGGGAUUAUUUAAGCCUAGAGCAGAUGAUCAACUUUCUGAAUGAGAAGCAAAGAGACCCCAGGUUGAAUGAGAUUCUCUAUCCGCUUUAUGACGAAAAACGUGCCAUAGAAAUUAUCCAAACCUACGAAACGGACGAGGAACUGCAAAAGUUUAAUCGACUCAGCAAAGAUGGUCUUAUCAGAUACCUGAUGUCGGAUGAAAACGCACCUGUUUUUCUUGAUCGCCUGGACAUUUAUAUGGAUAUGGAUCAGCCGCUGUGUGCUUACUACAUAAACUCGAGCCAUAACACAUACCUGAUAGGCAGGCAGUUUGGGGGAAAAUCGUCAGUUGAAAUGUAUCGGCAGGUCCUUCUGGCAGGCUGUCGUUGUGUCGAGCUGGAUUGUUGGAAUGGCCGAGGUGAAGAUGAAGAGCCAAUCAUCACACAUGGACGCGCCAUGUGCACUGACAUUCUAUUUAAAGAUGUGAUUUAUGCUAUUCGGGACACGGCAUUUGUUACAUCUGACUAUCCGGUAAUUCUUUCCUUCGAAAAUCACUGCUGCAAAAGCCAGCAACUGAAGCUGGCCAGGUACUGCGAGGAGAUUUUCGGCGACUUGCUCUUGAAGGAACCUUUGCCCGAUUUUCCACUCGCACCUGAUGUCGUCUUACCGCCGCCUUCUGCUCUGAAGCGAAAGAUUCUGAUUAAAAACAAGAGACUCACUCCUGAUGUGGAGAAGAGGGAGUUGGAACUGUUUCGUCAGGGCCAAUUCGUUAUUGAAGAUGAGGAAAAGGAGGACGCAAACGCUAGUGCGGAUCGGCCGAUUCCUCCGGAUAUAACCGCUGAGACACCAGCACCAGAUGUUCCUCCAGGUGAAACUCCAGAUGCACCAGUAACUACACCCUAUACAGGAUCAACUACAAAUGUCCAUCCACUCUUGAGCUCAAUGGUGAACUACGCCCAGCCGAUUAAGUUUCAAAGCUUUGACACGGCAGAAAAUAAGAAAAUUCACCAUAACAUGUCUAGUUUUUCUGAGCCCGUCGGGCUUAACCUUUUGAAGCAACAGGCAAUAGAAUUCGUUAACUACAAUAAGAGGCAAAUGUCCCGAAUUUAUCCCAGCGGAGCUAGAGCGAAUUCUUCAAACUAUAUGCCACAGGUUUUCUGGAAUGCUGGUUGUCAAAUGGUAUCGCUGAACUUCCAAACUUCAGAUUUGCCCAUGCAGUUGAACCAAGGAAAAUUUGAGUACAACGGCAAUUGUGGGUAUUUGCUGAAACCCGAUUUUAUGCGACGUCCUGACCGAAUAUUCGAUCCAUUUGCCGAAAGUCCUGUGGACGGUGUCAUUGCGGCUCAAUGCUCAGUGCAAGUGAUUGCCGGACAAUUCUUGUCCGACAAAAAGAUUGGCACAUAUGUAGAAGUCGACAUGUACGGUUUGCCUACGGACACGAUUCGUAAAGAAUUCAGGACUCGCAUGGUGCCCGCAAACGGUCUGAAUCCCGUUUAUAACGAAGAACCGUUUCUGUUCCGAAAAGUCGUUUUGCCCGAUCUAGCCGUGUUGCGGUUUGGAGUGUAUGACGAAAAUGGCAAGUUGCUGGGACAAAGAAUAUUACCAUUGGAUGGUCUGCAGGCUGGAUAUCGACACAUUUCGUUGCGAACCGAAGCUAACUUUCCCAUGUCUCUGCCGAUGUUGUUUUGCAAUAUAGAAUUAAAGAUUUACGUACCGGAUGGGUUUGAGGAUUUUAUGGCUGCAUUAAGCGAUCCCCGCGGUUUUAGAGAUGCUCGCCAAAAACAGAGUGAACAAAUGUCUUCUAUGGGGAUCGAGGUGACUGAUCAGAAAGCUGCCGAAAAACAAGUGAAGAAGGAAGAAAAAAAAGUUGACCCAAUCAUAUUCGAACCAAUAACAAUCGAGUCGAUUAAACAGGAUAAAGCAUUUCAAAAAACCACUAAAAAACAACUGAAGGAUUAUGAUACAUUGAAAAAGAAACAACAGAAAGAGAAGGCUGCUGUACAGAAAAACCAGUGCGCAGCGAUUGAGAAGCUGGUUAAAGGAAAAAGUAAAAGUGAUGCAGUGAAUGAUGCAAAUGUGCGAAAACUAGUUACCGAUCAAACCAUAGAAUGGAGCACACUAAUGGAGCGACAUCGAAAGCAGGAAUGGGAGUUUUUACGAAAUCAAUUAGAUGACCAACGAGACCUGCUAAGGAAGCAUAUGGAAAUUCUGCAGCGGCAACAGAUGACCCAGUUGGAUGCCAAACAUGAAAAAGAAAUGAAAGAAAUGAAUAGUCAACAGGCGAAACAGGCAGUCGAAACAGCAAAAGAAAUUACCAAUGAUAAGACUUUAAAAACGAAAAAAGACAAAGAGCGACGAUUGAAAGAGAAGCAACAGAAUAACACUAAAAAGUUUCUGGAAGAGCGAAAAACCACAGCCUUAAAACACGGUCGCGAAAAGGAAAAACUGAAGCUCACCCACGAUAAACAACUGGGAACGUUGUCUCAUGAUAUACAAAAAAUGAUCGACAUGUAUAAGAAUGAAGAAAAAGAGUACGAGUUGUCUUCUAAAAAUGAAUUUUUUGCCUAGUCUACGUGCACACUCGAUUUUCGCUUAUGUUACGCUUUGCUUGUUACGUUUUUUUAUCAGUAUUAGUCCUAGCUUGAUUCAACUGAUCUACUAGUACGUAUUCUGCGUGACCCAUUCGAGGGAAUGAUUAGGAAGUUGUUGUUUAAAUGCCUCUAUACAUAUUUAUGUAUUAGUCUCAGUCAAAUCUUGAUCAAUCCAUGUAAAUUAUGCAUAGAAAAAGCACUGUUUAUGUUUAAUAAAUAGUUUAAGGUUUAGCAGUUAUUUGUUCAAAUCAAAUCAAGAAAAUAGCAAAUAGGUCAUGAUAUACAAAUAGAUACCAUUUAUUUUCAAUUUCAACAAACCAUUCACUAGGACAUCUUAUUCUUAUUACACUUUUAUUAAUACGAAACUAAUAAAUACGAAUAUCUUUAGCAAUAAAGACAUGCGAAAUAAUCA